AUGCGACAAGUGUGCUGUUUCUUCAACCUUGCCUCCAGUCUUCCCCCACCAAAUAUGUCCAAGGUCAUCCAGGUGAUGUUUGAGGAAACUCAACAAAAAGAUGCCACGAGGCCGCGAGCUGUUCUUGUCCUGGACGUCUCCGACAGUAUGAAGGACUACAACCGGCUAAAAACCCUGAAAGAAGCUGUCGAUGGCUUCCUCCUGUGUUUGCUCGACAACGUGCUAGAGCUCGCAAUCGUCACGUUCAGCAGCGCUGCGGAGGUGCGGCACCCUAUGAGGGUUGUAAAUGGACAAACCAGAGGAGGGUUCCGGCAUGCUGUCAAUGUAAUGCAGCAUCAAAGACUUACCUGCAUUGGGUGUGGCCUUCAGCGCGCUCUUAUGGUGCUGAAUUCCACUCACACACCAGGUGGCACAAUUGUGCUUUUGACCGACGGCGUGGAGAACGUGGCCCCAUACAUUGACGACGUCAUGCCGGAACUGUUCGCGGCCAACGUGGAACUGGUAACUAUGGCGAUGGGAGACAAGGUGGAAGACAAGCUUGAGAAACUGGCUGCAGAAAAUAAAGGGAAAACCUACUUUUUUCCUGACCGCACUGAAAGCACGUCGAGGGCUUACAUCGAAAGCGCCAACAGUGUGGCGCACGAGUCCAUAAAUCAUCGAUCGGGGCUCACCACUCGCUGUGAAACUGCGAAAGGUAACGCCAGUGAACCAAUGGAUACCACGGCCUCCGAUAACAGUGAAUUCACGCCACAAAUAGUAACAUUCAAAGCGAACAUUGAGAUGCUUCACCUUGAGGUGACAAGCAAGCUCGACAACUUGGCGGACAUCUUCCAAUCUGCCAGCACCGAGUGCUUCCACGACCCCGGAUACGAUUCCAACGUUCGCAUGCAGAUGGCGUUUGGGGAUGCCCUCGGCCUGGACAUACGUGACACACUCAAGCCUAUCUAUCCGGGUACGUGGGUGCUUCGAGUGGUGACCACAACCAAAAAACGGAUCGUGAUCAACAUGCUGGUCAUGUCCCAAGUCAGACAUCUCAACAGCAAGCCGAUAGUGACUUUGUGCGAAGUGUCGGAGCAGGAGUUCAGCGAUCCACAUGAUGCUGUCAUAUUCGUUGAUGUGAGUAAAGGUGACAACGUUGUCCUCGACGCAAGCGUAAUGGCGAUGGUCAUCAACACGCAGGGGCUUAGGUGCCCUAUCCGACUGAGGGACGACGGCCAUGACCCGGAUAUAAUGAAACACGACGGUACGUACAGUGGCUACUUCACCCAGUUCACGGGCCAAGGAAGAUACUCCGUCAUGGCAUACGUUGACGGAGACCAGAAGACCCGACAUGCGUAUCGUAGGCCGGGAUUCCCCCCCGACGCUAUUGUCUGGGAUGGGAACCGCCAUCGCGUGCCAUCAAACGAAGUACCAAUCAGACCAGCGCCAGCCAACUACAUUUUCAAGGAUACGCUCCUGGGAGAUUUGGAGCCCACGCAGCCAUUCCAAAGAGUCACAGGCGGCGCUUCAUUUAAGGUCACCAGGGACUUGCGGCAGACUGAUGUUCCUCCUGGUAGCAUCAUGGACCUUAGAGCUGUCGAAGGGCACGUUGAGGUCGACGGAACGCCUAUCGUCAGACUCACGUGGACUUGGCCUGGCGCUCACAUGACACACGGGAUAGCGGCGGCAGUGGAGAUCAGAGGCGGCACUAACCGUGACGACCUUGAAUCGCACUUCGACCGCCACGAGGUUAUCUCCAAUGUCGUGAAAGGGAACCUUGACCCUCUCUAUGCCGGUUCCAAGCAUGACGUCACUAUUGCUCUUCCCCGCAACUGGGUAACGACGACCUACGACCACGGGGAAUUCAACCUGAAGGCAUACCUGGCGGCGCGGGUUAUUAACGCCGAUGGACUGAUGUCGGAGCCGUCCAGGAAAGUUAUUGCGGAGUUUGACAUUACAAAUUUCGCCGCCAAUUUGCGCACGACAGCAGCUGACAUCACCACGGGGGAAAAGCACCACACGCAGCCUGGACCGGCGGCAACAAAUACCGCCGAGGGGGAAGAUUCUAGCAAAAUUGAAGAACCGUCCGUCACAGCAGAGGAGGAAGAUCUGAGAAAAAAUGAGGAACCAUCCGUCACAGCAGAGGAGGAAGAUCAGAGCAAAAAUGACGAACUGUCUGUCCUUGUUUGCAUCCUGCUAGCGCUAGUUGCCGGAGUCGUCCUGAUGUCCAUUAUAAUUUUAUUGCUGCUCGUUAAGUCGAGAAGCAUUGCUGAAAAUGACAGCGUCAUAAAAGAGAUGUGA